AUGAUCCCUUCUGCUAUCCCACAGGAGUUAAAAGAUUUGACUCAAGUUGAGGAAAUGUUGAUUGCUCGAGCACUCCCAAUCAUGAGAGUCUAUAUUAAACCAGGUGGACAACGAGGUUACUCAGGGCAUUGUAUCAACUUGCCACAAAAUAUAAAGGAACUGGCUACAUCUUUGCCAAGAUAUCCAAAUGAAUUGUCUGUUAUCAUUGUCAAAGCUAAAGGUAAAAAUAACACAUUUAAAGAUUUGACUGUAAGGAAACAAAAAGUGCACAAUGCUUUAUUAUGGCUAAUACAAAAUAACCCUCAUUAUUGUGAUUUACAAAUUAAUACAACUGCAUUAAAUUCCUUGCCUGAAAAUGGUGUACCACCAGAUCUCAUGACUGUUGAGACUGAUGAUGAUAUAGUCUCAGAUGAUAGUUGUUCUCCUGAUUUUGGUCCUCCUACUGAUAACCCCUCUGAGGAUAUUGUAUAUAAUGACUCAACUGAAAUGAGUAGUUUUCUACCUGUUGGUGAACAACAACAACAGGAAAUUGAAGCUGUUAGAAAACAACUUUCUGAAAAUGAACCCAUGCCUUUGCCUACAAUUGAAACUGAACCAAUUAAUGAAUAUCAGAUAUCACAUUUGGCCACAAUGGCUUUCCCAACAUUAUUUCCUGAUGGGAAAGGCGACCCUACUAAUUCAGGUAUAUUAAUUAAGAGACGUUCCUCUUCAAGAACGAAUUAA